AUGCAGAACAGCCGGGCCUCCCUUCCUUUCAGCCAGCCUCUUGCGACGUCUCGGUUGGCCGAUGACGAGCGUGAGGUUUUGGAUUUGACUCAGGACGAUGAAGGGCCAGCCAGAGAGUUCUACGGCACUUUUGAAACAAAAAUUGUGGGCAUUCAAUAUUACAAAGGCCACGCAUCAACCGGAGAAGUGGUUCUUUGUCUGAGGGAACCAGAUAACCAGUAUGACGGGAACGCUAUUAAAAUCGACAAUGUCAUGUACCAACAGAUUGGUCAUCUUCCACGCAAAGUUGUGCAAAAAGUCGCGCCUUAUCUUGACUGCGGGGACAUCGUGCUCGAAGCACAGUUAACGGGGCCGAAGGGGCAGUACGAUUGCCCAGUUACGCUUUUCUUCUAUGGGCCUAUCAAUCCGACAGAAAGAGCAAGAGUUGAAAAAAGACUUAAAGAUGACAAGCUAGUCAAGGCGACCCAGCUCAACAAGACGAGAAGAGAGGCGGAGGCUCAGAGGGUCGUGAUGGGCUUGAAGGGUGGAGGAACUGACUAUAGGAUGGGUUCCACAAAUCCCGAAGAACCAGAGAUAUCUUUGGAGGACAUCUUGAAAAAGAGCCAAGCAGUGGACUUUCGAAACGGAGCAGACGCCAUUAAAACGUUUACCGUGGAUGAGGAAUAUCUGUCUAAAAUGCCUAGCUGUGGUCAGCCCGCGGCUCUUCAGGCCACACUUUUGCCUUACCAACUACAAGGGCUGGCAUGGAUGACUUCAAAAGAGAAGCCUGCCUUGCCAACCAAGGACUUGGCCAAUCAAGUUCAACUAUGGCAACAAGACAGUAGAGGAUACUACUGGAAUAUCGCCACAAAUUUUGUGAGCAGAACAGCUCCUCAGCUUUUUUCGGGAGGCAUACUGGCGGAUGACAUGGGCCUUGGCAAGACUCUUCAAGUCAUCAGCCUAAUCUUGACUGGAGGUUCCGGUACCACCCUUAUUGUUGCGCCUGUUGGUGUCAUGACGAACUGGCAACAGCAGUUUGAAAGACAUGUCAAGCCGGGGUGUUUGCCGAGUGUUCUCAUCUAUCAUGGCGACAAAAAUAUGACUGCAGAGGAGAUGAUGACCUUCGACGUUGUCAUUACCAGCUAUGGAAAGUUGGCCCGUGAAAGGGAUUCAAAUGUUCGCCAGGUCUUGCUGUCGCAAAGCAUCCAGUGGAGGCGAGUGGUACUCGAUGAAGGGCACACGAUUCGGAAUGCGAGAACAAAAGUCGCGUUGGCCGCGUGUGCCAUCAAUGCCAAAUCACGAUGGGUAUUGACUGGUACCCCGAUCAUCAACUCUGUGAGAGAUUUGCAGUCUCUCAUAAAGUUCCUCCACAUCACCGGCGGCAUUGAGCACCCUGAAAUUUUCAAAUCCCGAAUAACAAGGCGAUUAGCCUCCGGCGACGCCAGUGCAGAAAUAAUUCUGCAGGCUCUGAUGCAGGACAUCUGCCUGCGACGCAAAAAAGACAUGAAAUUCGUGGAUCUGAAAAUACCCGAAAAGAAGGAAUACCUUCACAAAAUCACAUUUCACCCGGCAGAGAAACGAAAAUACGAGGCAUUACUCACAGAGGCUCGUGGUGCCCUGGCAGAGUACCAGGCCAAGGCGACUGGUCAAAAAGGACAGUUCCAAGGCGUCCUGGAGCGCCUUUUACGGUUACGACAAAGCUGCAAUCACUGGAUCCUAUGCAAAGACCGCAUAGAACAGUCGACGAAACUACUCGAGGACUACGACGUGGUGCCAUUUAAUGACAAGAACAUGGCAUUGCUCCAGGAAGCUCUCCGGCUCUACGUAGAGAGUCAGGAGGACUGCUCUAUUUGUUUCGACAUUCCUACUGGGCCAGUCAUAACAAACUGCGGACAUGUAUUUUGCCGAGCUUGUGUCACAAAGGUCAUUCGCAUGCAACACAAAUGCCCCAUGUGCAGAAAUGAACUUGCAGAGGAGUGUUUACUUGAACCAGCAGCUGAAGGGCUUUUUGAUGAGAACUUUGACAUAAACACUCAAAGCUCCAAAACAGAGGCGUUAUUGCAGAUUCUCCGGGCAACAUUAAAGAACCAUGGGUCAAAAGUGGUCAUAUUUUCCCAGUGGACCUCAUUUCUAAACAUCAUCCAGAACCAAUUAGAUGACGCCGGGAUAAAAUACAGUCGCAUAGAUGGCAGCAUGAACACGGAGAGACGCGAUCUUGCCGUCCGGGCCCUGGACAACGACGCGGAAACUCGCGUCAUGCUCGCUAGUUUGGCGGUUUGUAGCGUCGGGUUGAAUCUUGUAUCUGCGGACACCGUCAUUUUGUCUGACAGCUGGUGGGCACCAGCAAUUGAGGAUCAAGCGAUUGACAGAGUUCACCGCCUCGGCCAGACCAAAAAGACAACGGUUUGGCGACUCUUUGUGGAAGGAUCCGUCGAAGAGCGAGUCCUUGAUAUCCAAAAGGAGAAGAGGGCGCUCAUUACGAAGGCUUUUCAAGAGAAAGAAAAGAAAGAAAAGCCUACCAAAGACACGAGACUGGCAGACAUUGCGAGACUGUUGUCUUGA